AUGCACAACACUGACGAAUGUAUAUGUAUGAUGUGUACAAUUAUUGAACAUAAAAACCACGACAUUGUAUCAGCUGCAGCACAGAGGACAGAGAAACAGAAGCAGCUGAAGAAGACGCAGAAGACGUUCCAGCAGAGAAUCCAGCAGAGAGAGAAAGAUCUUCAGCAGCUGAGAGAGGCUGUGGAGUCUCAUAAGCGCUCUGCACAGACAGCAGUGGAGGACAGUGAGAGGAUCUUUACUGAGCUCAUCCGCUCCAUUGAGAGAAGCCGCUCUGAGCUGAUACGGCUGAUCAGAGAUCAGGAAAAGACUGCAGUGAGUCGAGCUGAAGGACGACUGGAGCGACUGGAGCAGGAGAUCAAUGAUCUGAGGAGGAGAGACGCUGAGCUGGAGCAGCUUUCACACACACAGGAUCACAUCCAGUUCCUGCAGGUAACAGAGAUCUAGAAGAACAGGAUCAUAGU